CCACUACCAGAAUCAUUUCUCUCCAAAUUCAAAACCAAGAGUGAAUCAGAAAGCCAUCACGUUGAUAACCCAGAUGAGCACCAAGGUAGGUUGAGGUCGUUCAAACAUGAGAGAGGAAACUGGGCAUCCUUUGUAAGCAUUCAGUAUCCUCAUGACUUGACAGAUGUAUGCAAUGACGUCAUCAGAGCAUUAGAACCAGUUGGCCAGUUUCAUGUUGUGGAAGACAUGCACAUAUCCCUAUCCAGAACUGUUGUACUCCUCCAUCACUGGAUUGAUGCACUGGUCCAGGAUCUCAAAUCAAGAAUCUACAAUACGUUUAAAAGGUUUGAAUUAAAUUUAGGCACUUUAGAAGUUUACACAAAUGAUGAAAAGUCAAGAACCUUUCUUGGUAUAAAAGUGGAUUCCACCGAAAUGAUGAAUUAUGUACAUUCCAUUGAUGAAUCUCUGAAGCAAUUUGAACUGCCUUCUUUUUACAAAAAUCCUGACUUCCACAUAAGUGUCUUGUGGUGUGUUGGGGAUGUCCGGAAGCAGAUAAGUGCCAACGUCUUAAACAAAAUUCAAAAAAUUCUAGCUGACUACCUGAAGAUGUUUGAAUAUUUACGCCAAUUUGAAGUCAACGAACUGAGACUUAAAACUGGAAACAAAAUGUUUGUUUUCCCUGUGAAGUGA